GAAAAGCAUACACAUCUUCGCUGGCUUCCAGAGCAAUAACAUCAAUUACAGUUGAAAAAAAAAUCGUUUCUCUUUAAAAAAAAUGGCCAAAUUCUUGUGUCUCACCUCUUUUGUUGUUGCUGCCGCCAUUGUCACACUGUGCUCGGCCAAUGGCAAUGACUAUCAAUGGGGUACAAUUGGUGCUGCGGACAAGUUAAUGGCCAAGGAAGUGGUGUUCAAACCAGGAUUUUUGGGUACCGUUACCACCCAUAAUUAUGUAUAUCAACAAGUGGGUGCAGCAGCUCCUUUGACAAUCAAAGCAAUUAAAAUCACCGACAAAAAGAAGUUCAAAGGAGCAACUGCUGUUGUUGCCAGUGGCGGUGUGGGUUCAAGUGACGUCACCAUUACCUUCACGAGCUUGAGAGGUUCCGGCAUCAAGAGUUUGGUUGAAAUCUAUGGUUCAUAGAUUGUUUUAAUGUUGGUCUAUUUUUUCGACUGGAUUUUUUACACGUCUAGGCAAUAAGUUUUAUUUUGGAAUAUUUUUUUUUUGUAAAUCUGUAAUUAAUUUUGUAAAAAAUAAUAAUAAAAAAAUUAAUUUUUUAAACAAAA